CAAAACCGUUUUACAAGAUUCAUGCGCGAAUGGCUGGCGUGUCGGUCGCCGCGAUUCCCCGGUUGUUCUUGGACGACGUCAGAAACGCCAAGCAUUCAUGGGAUUGGCAAUCAAACGCUAGCAGCAUCGCGUCGUCCGACGACGAAGCCCCUCCGAGUGGUCUGAUAUCCCCACUCGCAUCGACAUCGUCCUUGUCGUCAUUGUCGUCGAAUGACGAUGGUGACUCGGACGUGAGUUCCGUCUUAACUGAUGCCUCGGAGAACGACGUUGCCUCGCUAUGUUCCUCGUCCGUGGGUUCCAUCGAGAGCGACCCGGUACGACCCUUCUUGCACCAUUUCGGCGCCGUCAACGGCGGUUGGGCAUCGGUGUUGGCCGUCCCACGCGUCCUCUACGCACACCAGCUCGUCGACGCCAGCCAACAUGCAGUGCACGCAUUCCCACCCAAGCCAACGCGUCACAAAGACACAAGUGACGACAACGAUGCCGAUGGCCAAGAAUUGCGACCUGUAUUCUGCCUCACGCAGCUGCACCGCUUCGAGCUACCUGCCAUGUCCUCACAAACGACACCCGAGGUCGGCACGCCCUACUUUGCCCCGCACAUAGCAGCUGCGUUUCCGUGCAAGUCCCACAACGAGUGGUACCUUUCCUAUGCCGAUAUCCAGCACCUUCUCGACGUGUACGUUCGACCCCGCGACGCUGUCGUGGAUCUCGGGGCCGGGCGGUCCCAGCUCGCCCGCGAUAUGGUGCUGCACGGCUACCAUAACGUCACGGCCAUCGACAACGACGCGAAAUUGCUGCCGUGUGUGGAGGCGUCGCUCGCGCCAUUCUUGCACGUGGUAUGUAUGGACGCGAUGCAGCUAACGCUGGCGCCGGCGUCGAUCGACGCUGUCCUCGCAAAGGCCUUUUUCGAAAUGCUCUCCGCGUCGGCGCAGUGCGCUGUGCUCACACAAGUGCUGGCCUGUCUUCGCCCGGGCGGUAUCUUGUUUGUCGUCGCGUUCAACAACGACAAUAGCUGGUGGGCAGCACCCGACGUUGCACGUCUCCUCGCACGCGCCGCCGUUUGCAUCGACGACCAGCCCGUCGGUCCGAUCGUCGGCUCGCCCAUGGACCGUUCGCACGCUUGUCGGGCGCGGGUCUGGCGCACACGGGCGUCCAUGGACGACAUUUCGCAUCGCGCAACGUGCGACGCGGCCAGCACACUGGCAGCGCGCUAUGAAUGGCGGCUACGGGCUUUUGAGCGCCAGCUUCAAGCCGAAGAGGCCCUGCACGACGAUGUGCUCUGUGUCGAGCUCCCGCGGAUGAUGGACGAAGACUUUCGGAGCUUGCUCGUUCGGCAGGAAGCGAGGAGCCGGAACAACGACGAUGACAUCGCACGCGCCCAACUAGUGCUCAUGGAGAAGCCCAUUGAUGAGCAUGCGACUUCGUGUGCGAGCCACGCAUCGCCGUCCGCGAGAACCAUCAUUUUAGAGCCGCCAAUGUCAGCUCUGAGAGUGCCAAGUAUUGACAGCAUCCAAGCCACCAGGCCCGACAUGCAAGCCUACCCCGAGGCCGUGAUCGCAACGCCGUCGGGCCUCCACCAGGAGACAGCGAUGCCGUGCACGGCGUUGCCGUCGCACUGGUAA